AUGGACGGCAUAGUGAUUUCUGUCGAUAAGUACUCGGACGAUAUGUUUUCGAACACAGCGAAGUAUAAUUUAGCAAGAACGACAACGACAAAAUCAGAUCAACGUCAAUCUAUUGUUCAAACCAAAACGCAGAAUCAGUAUAGAAAAUCACCAGAAGUAUCAGCAGUAACACUUGUUCGUAUGACACAACUAGCACCGGAAGAAACGACGAUAAAUGAUCCUUCACCGAAUUCAUUGAAGCAUAUUCUCCGUCAACGGCAGGGUAUUCGUCGACAAGAUUCGAAUUUAUCGGAACGUGUAAAAAGAUUUUAUCAGAGACAAGAUGAUCUUAUCAAUGGUUACAAACAAGUGGAGAAACGAGCAAACAAUAACGACGAGGAACGGGAAAAGAAUGAUGAUCUUCAGACAAAAUCAAAGAGAAUGACACUGAUCUUGUCUCGACUUUCGUUAGCAGUCAAUAUUCUAUUGUUUCUUACUAAAAUCAUCGCUGCCAUUCUAUCUAAAUCACUUUCAAUCGCGUCGACUGUGGUCGAUUCAGCUGUUGAUUUAGCAUCAUCUGUUAUUCUCUUUUGGGCAGCUCGGGCAAUGAAAAAACGAAAUAUUUACUUAUAUCCGCAAGGUCGGACACGUUUGGAACCAGUUGCUAUCGUUAUUCUGUCGGUAAUUAUGUGCGCUGCUUCUGUAAUGGUUGUCUACAAUUCAAUUGAUAUUCUUGUGACUGAAAUUAACUAUUUUACCGAGACGAAUACGACUAAAACAUUGUCAGAAAUUGAUAUGAGUGCGUUUCCCAUGACCGUUAUGUGUGUCACGGCGGUUAGCAAGGCUAUUCUAUUCUUUUUAUGUUAUCGCGUGAAAACUCCGACAAUGUCUGCAUUAGCUGAAGAUCAUCGAAAUGAUGUGGCGUCAAAUAUAAUUGCACUUGGUUGUGGACUCAUUGGUUCCUAUGCUUAUCAAAAUGCCAUUGAUCGACGUGCUAUCGUCGUGGAUCCAGUAGGUGCGGUCUUGAUUUCCGUUUAUAUUAUUAUUUCAUGGAUCAAACAAGCGAAUCGCCAAAUCAAACGACUAACUGGUUACACAGCAAAGCCACAAUUUCUAUCACAAAUUACGUGGUUGACUUUUCAUCAUUCGGAACAUAUACUCAAGAUAGAUACCGUUAGAGCGUUCCAUUUUGGCACUUCAUUUCUUGUCGAAGUUCAUAUUGUUCUCCCCGAAACCAUGCUCGUCAAAGAAGCACAUGACAUCGCCGAAGGACUUCAACAGAAAAUCGAACGAUUACCGGAAGUAGAACGUGCUUUCGUUCAUAUCGACUACGAAUAUCAACACAAACCAACCGAUGAACAUAAAAUUGUUUAA